AUGGGCGAGUUAGUUUGCUACCCGCCAACAAAUUACCGCUACAUAAACCAGAAAGAUCAGACCACUCUUACAAAAAAAGGCCGAUUCAAGGCUUCCAGCGUCACCCGACAACUGCACGUCUGGGCGCAAUGGGCUAUGCGGGUCCCACAAUCUCCCGCUCACCGCUCACCUUACUGUUCUCUGGGUGGUGACCGCACUCCCAUCUCCUUUCUCAAACGAUUUCCUAAACCCUACAGAUGAAUACGCCGCCUCCGGCGGCGGAGCGCCGCCGCUCACAACGCGCGUCCGCUUUGAAAACUCGUACAUACGAUGAGUCAGCCCUAGACGGUCUCUUUGAGGACCAUCUCGAAAGCUCCCGGAAGCGCAACAGGACCUUGGAGGAGCGGCAAAAGGAGACUAAAACGGAGGCCAUGAUCGCCCUCUCCCUAGGGUUCCCUAUCGACGCUCUCCUAGACUCCGAACUCGCCGCCGGCGUCCUAUCCUCACCCGGCGAGCAGAACGACUACGUCGUUGUUCGCAACCACAUCCUUGCUCGCUGGCGCGCCAACGUCCGCUCCUGGCUCUUCAAGUCCCAGAUUCGUGAAACCGUCCACAGCGACUACGAUCACCUCAUCUCUGCCGCGUACGACUUCCUCUCUGAGCAGGGUUACAUCAAUUUCGGUGUCUCGCAUGCCGUACACUCCCAUUUCCCAGACGUGCAUGAGUGCGGAUCAGUCAUCAUCGUCGGCGCUGGUCUCGCUGGCCUUGCCGCGGCACGACAGUUACUUGGUUUUGGAUUCAAGGUGUUGGUUCUAGAAGGCAGGGAUCGUCCGGGCGGAAGGGUUUACACUUCGAAAAUCGGGAAGACUGGGAAUUUUGCCGUCGUUGAUCUCGGCGGCAGCGUCAUAACCGGAAUCCACGCGAAUCCGCUUGGGGUCUUGGCGAGGCAGUUGGGAAUUCCGCUUCACAAGAUUAGGGAUAGUUGCCCUUUAUAUUGGCCAAAUGGUAGAGUUGUUGAUGAGAAAUUGGAUACUGGGGUGAAUUCUGUAUUCAAUAAGCUACUUGAGAAGGCCACAGAGGCGAGGAAAGCACUUGGAGAGUCUGGUGAAGGAAUUUCACUUGGUUCAGCCAUUGAGAAGCUCCGGAAGCUUUAUAGUGUUGCGAGGAGUGAAGAUGAAAGAGAGCUGCUUGAUUGGCAUCUCGCAAAUUUGGAGUAUGCCAAUGCUGGCUGCCUUUCAGAUCUAUCUCUAGCUCAUUGGGAUCAAGAUGAUCCCUUCGAGAUGGAUGGUGACCACUGCUUCCUUGCUGGGGGAAAUUGGAGAUUGAUCAAUGCACUGUGUGAGGAUGUCCCAAUACUCUACAGGAAGACAGUUACAAGGAUCCAUUAUGGAGAUUCUGGUGUAGAGAUGGUGGUUGCUGGAGGUCAGGUUUUUCGGGCAGAUAUGGUGCUUUGCACUGUGCCUCUUGGUGUCCUCAAGAAUGAAAGCAUCAAAUUUGAUCCUGAACUACCAUCUCAGAAACUUAGUGCUAUAAAAAGAUUGGGUUUUGGGUUGCUUAACAAAGUUGCAAUGCUGUUUCCAUAUGUCUUUUGGGGGGAGGAACUUGACACAUUUGGUUGUCUGAACAAAGAUAGAGAAAAACGAGGUGAAUUCUUUCUGUUUUAUUGCUAUCAUACAGUCUCAGGAGGUCCUCUUCUCACUGCAUUGGUGGCGGGAAAGGCUGCAUUGACUUUUGAGCACACUGAUCCAGUUGCUUUGCUUCAUAAUGUUCUUGGUGUUCUUAGAGGUAUAUAUAGGCCACGAGGUAUUGAGGUGCCUGAUCCUAUACAAACAAUUUGCACAAAAUGGGGUUGUGACCCCCUCUGUCAUGGAUCCUACUCUCACAUUAGAGUUGGCUCAUCUGGUGGAGACUAUGAUAUUCUUGCUGAAAGUGUAAGUGGGAGCCUCUUCUUUGCAGGAGAAGCAACGAAUAGGCAUCAUCCAGCAACAAUGCAUGGUGCUUUCUUGAGUGGCCUAAGAGAGGCGUCAAGAAUUCUUCAUACAUGGCAGAGUAGGAAGUCUGAUAAAAAUGAACCAAAAAAGCCUUUGCAAAAGAGUUUGAGAUUUUGUAGUGAGAUUCUUACAGAUUUGUUUAGAGAACCUGAUUUAGCAUUCGGAAACUUUUUGUUUAUCUCUGAUCCUUCCACAGCUGAUGACCCAAAAGCAACUGGACUGAUGAGUAUUGAAUUUGGCAAGAAUGUGAAUGAAGACACAGUACAAAGUCUACAAUUAUCAGAUCUAUGCAAUCAGCCCUUGCAUCUCUAUGUCAUCUUAUCCCGAGAACAGGCACUCCAGGUACAAUUAGUUAAUGGAGAUUUUAGGAGUAAAUUGUCUUUGAUAUGCAAUAAGUUUGGUUUGAAAUUGAUGGGAUAUAAUACAACAUGCAUGUUAUUCAGUUCCUUAAUCAUUGAAAUUUCUAGAGCUCGGAAAAGUCGGAAUAAGUUAUGUCGAUUUAUGCGCCUUAUAACUAAUUAGUAACAACAAUUAUUUGCUGUAUGAAUUGCAUUUUUUUUCAAACUAAUUGCCUUGACAUACCAUGCUUCCUUGCAUGGCUUGUUUUCAUUGGUGAAAGGAGUCCUUCGCACUCCUUUUGUUCUUUGGACUAAUCACCUAUGUAU